AUGGGAGCUUCUCCUGGUUUCACGGCCUUCCUCACAACCUCCUGGGCGGUCAUUUUCGUGGGUAAUUUACUCCUGGCGCUGCUUCUACCCGGCCUACUCGCUCGAGAGUUCUUGAAGCGGUACGCCAAGCGCGAUAUACUGGAGGCAGCUAAAGUGGGUUACUCUAUAGCGGGGCAGCGGAGAGGAGGGCGAGUGGUGGUGCUGCGAGGGCGAGUGAGCCUGCCUGCAUCGCCAGCAUCCAUGCCAGGAGGGUCCAGUCUCGAUGGGGAUCAGUCCUACUACGCCUGCCGAGCCACUGCCUUCUACCGCCACCAGGAACACCAUCACCCCCCUCAUGGUGAAGGUCCUACCACGCCGGCAGAGCCACAGCCUGCUACCGCCGCCGCAAGCAUCACCACCCUCACCGUUCACCCCUUCCUCCCCACCCCACCUUCCCCCUACCUGUGCAAAUCCCCAGGGUUUCCUCAUCAUGAGCACAUCUCUCCAGGUUUCCUCAUCAUGAGCACAUCCCUCCAGUCGUACCACUCCCGCCGAGCCACAGCCUUCUAUCGCCGCCGGGAGCACCUGCGGCAGAUCCUGGCCGUCGAUUUCCGCAUAUCCGACGCCAGCGGGGACAGCAUCCUCGUGUGCGGGCGGCGGGCGGCGGACCGGGGGAAACUGGCGGCGUUUGUGCAGCACGGGACGGUGGUGCCUUUGGCGUCUAGCAAGCGGAUCAUCGGCUUCCUGGAUACUUCCUGGCUGGAGCAGGAGCAGCAGUUUCUGGAGACCCAUCCAAACCUUCAGCCAUCGGAUCUUGUCAUUUCCCGGGGAAUGGUCACAGAGGGGCAGACGGUGAGCGUGAUGGGUCUGCUAAGAGAAGCGAGACCUCUCGAGGAUGACGGGGAGACGAUUCGCAGCAGCAGCGUGUGGUCUACAGCUCAGGAGGGUCUGGUGCUGGAGCCGCUCUGCUCGCCUGUGAACGUGGGAGAAUUCUUCCUCUGCUGGGGCUUCUUUCCUGUCUACUUCCCCACGUGGGUGUCGGGGCUACUAAUCUCAGACAAUCAAGGGCUGUUCUAA